AUGAUUGUAUCACAGCUUCUCUCUGCUCUCACUUGUGUGCUUCUCAUUAAGGAGAGUGGAGCCUGGUCUUACAACGCCUCCACAGAAACCAUGACUUACGAGGAGGCCAGUGAGUAUUGUAAGCAGAGGUACACACACCUGGUCGCAAUUCAAAACAAAGAAGAGAUUGAAUACCUAAACUCCAUAUUAAGCUAUUCACCAAGUUAUUACUGGAUUGGAAUCAGAAAAAUCAAUAAUGUGUGGACCUGGGUAGGAACCAAGAAACCUCUGACCAAAGAGGCCACCAACUGGGCUCCAGGUGAACCCAACAAUAAGCAAAACGAAGAGGACUGCGUGGAAAUCUACAUCCGGAGAGAAAAAGACACGGGCAUGUGGAACGAUGAGAGAUGCAGCAAGAAGAAGCAUGCCCUGUGCUACACAGCUGCCUGUACCAAUGCGUCUUGCAGUGGCCAUGGUGAAUGCAUAGAGACCGUCAAUAACUACACGUGCAAGUGCCACCCUGGCUUCAGUGGACUCAAGUGUGAGCAGGUUGUGACCUGUAAAGCACAGGAAGACCCUGAGCAUGGAAGCCUGGUUUGCACUCACCCAUUCGGGAACUUCAGCUACAAUUCUUCUUGCUGGGUCAGCUGUGAAAGGGGCUACGUGCCAAGCAACACGGAGGCCAUGCAGUGUACAUCCUCCGGAGAAUGGACUGCUCCCACUCCAGCCUGCAAUGUGGUCGAGUGUGAUGCUUUGACAACUCCUGCCAAUGGGAUCAUGAACUGUUGGCGAAGUCCUGACAGCUCACCGUGGGACACAACCUGUGCAUUUGACUGUGAGGAAGGAUUUGAACUGAUGGGGGCCCAGAGCCUUCAGUGUACCUCAUCUGGGAAUUGGGACAACGAGAGGCCAACAUGUAAAGCUGUGACAUGCAGUGCUAUCCGCCAGCCUCGGAAUGGCUCUGUGAACUGUAGCAGCUCCACUGCUGAAGAGUUUUCCUUCAAGUCAUCCUGCAAGUUCACCUGUGAGGAAGGCUUCAUGCUGCAGGGGCCAGCCCAGGUUGAAUGCACCGCGCAAGGGCAGUGGUCACAGCAGAUCCCAGUCUGUGAAGCUCUCCAGUGCACAGCCUUGUCCAGCCCAGAGGGAGGGAACAUGAGUUGUCAUCCCAGUGUUUCUGGAAGUUUCCAAAGUGGAUCCAGCUGCGAGUUCUCCUGUCAGCAGGGAUUUGUGUUGAAGGGAUCCGAAAGGCUCCAGUGUGGCCCCACAGGGGAGUGGGACAGCAAGAAGCCCACAUGCGAAGCUGUGAAAUGUGAUGCUGUCCACCCACCCCCAAGGGGCUUGGUGACUUAUACUCAUUCUCCUACUGGAGAAUUCACCUACAAGUCUACUUGUGCCUUCAGCUGUGAGCAAGGCUUUGAAUUACAUGGAUCAGCUCAACUUGAGUGCACAUCUCAGGGACAGUGGACACAGGAGGUCCCCUCCUGCCAAGCCGUACAGUGUUCAAGCCUGGCAGCUCUGGGGAAGAUCAACGUGAGCUGCAGUGGGGAACCUGUGUUCGGCACCGCGUGCAAGUUUGCAUGUCCUGAAGGGUGGACACUCAAUGGCUCUGUGACUCUGACAUGUGGUGCCACAGGACACUGGUCUGGAAUGCUGCCUACCUGUGAAGCUCCCGCUGAGUCCAAUACCUUGAUAACUGGGCUUUCUGUUGCUGGAACCUCUAUCCUGACAUUAACAUCAUUUCUCUUCUUCCUUCUGAAAUACUUGCGGAAGAAAGUAAAGAAAUUCGUUCCUUCCAGCAGCUGCCAGAACCUUGAAUCAGAGGGAAACUACCAAAUGCCUCCUGACCUCAUUUAAGUUCAAAAGAAUCAGGAACACAGGUGCAUCCAGGGAACUAGGGUCAUACACUGAAGAUGGCAG